AUGCGCUCACUCGGAGCUUCCAAGGUCUCUUUGUCCUCUAUAUCCUCACAAGAGCUAUGGGCACAGUCUGGCCGACUGACCGACGGCUCAGAACUGUUCCGAUUUAAUGAUCGGAAAGAUACUCCUUUUCUCUUGGCCCCAACACACGAGGAAGAGAUUACAACCCUUGUGGGGAAUCUGACAACAUCAUACAAGAGCCUGCCUUUGCGGGUAAAAAUCAAUGAAGCGCGAAAGUACCGGGACGAAGCGCGGCCCAGACAGGGCCUGCUUCGUGGGCGGGAAUUCAUCAUGAAAGACCUCUAUACAUUCGACUACAGUGUCAGCGAAGCACUGAAAACAUAUGAGGCAGUCAAAAAUGCCUACACUCAAUUCUUUAAUGAACUCAAGAUUCCCUACCUAGUCGCGGCAGCGGACUCGGGGAAUAUGGGUGGCUCAUUGAGCCAUGAAUACCACUUCAUCAGCCCGAAGGGCGAGGACGAUGUGGUGAGCUGCUCACACUGUGACCAUGUCUAUAACGAAGAACUCGCAGACGGCAAGACGCACAGCUCUGCGGGGUCCGAGCAAAACACUGCGCCUGGAUUUCAGACGGAUGAUGCACUUGUCGAAGGUAGACCAACAAUCUCAACUGGCAUGUGGAUGGCUGUCUCUCAUGAUAGCAACACCAUCGUGCGGAGCUGGCACCCCAAAUUCUCCAUGCAGGAAGGUGCGACAGAGCCCGUGGAGCGCCAUAUUAAUUCACACGCCGUCAAGGCCGUGGCGGCCGCCGCUGGUAUUGAUCUCGAUCUGAGCGUGGAGAACCCACUGGACCGAUGGACCGCCCACGUAAAGGCAAACAAAUCUUCCACACAGAAGCCGCGGGUUUUGGAUUUAUACGACUCGCAGGUGCGGGUAUACCAGCGCCCGCCGCUGAGUGAUCUUCUCCUUAAAGUUGGCUGUACAGCUGCGGACAUAGAUUACUCCAAACUGGACCGAUUCCCCGGGACUUCAAACCAACUCAGCCUUGUCCGUGUGCACAACGGAGACCGGUGCUCGCAGUGUGCGCAUGGAUCGUUAACUAGUCACUCUGCUGUGGAGCUAGGACACACAUUUCACUUGGGAACGCGGUACAGUAAAGUCCUGAAUGCGUCUGUUUCUGUCAACUCCGCUCUUCUUGAGGGAUCUUCAGAUACCGAUGCGAAAUCUUCCGCCAAGGAACAAAUCGUGCCGAUGCAGAUGGGAUGUCAUGGUAUCGGUGUCUCGCGUAUGAUCUCUGCAGUCGCAAACCGACUUGCUGAUUCCAAGGGACUCAAUUGGCCACGCGCUGUGGCGCCCUACGAGGUUGUGGUGGUCUCGGGAAAGGGGCUGGAAACCGUUGCGGAUCAGGUGUAUGACAGUCUUGCCGGCGAUGCUGCAGCUCCUGUUGAUGUCAUUUUAGAUGACCGGGAUAAGGGUAUGGGCUGGAAACUUGGUGACGCAGAUUUGAUUGGAUACCCCAUUAUUGUUAUUGUUGGCAAUGGGUGGAAGAAGAAGCAGACCCUGGAGGUGCAGUGCCGUCGGCUAGAUGUGAAGCAGGAUGUCACAUUGGAUAGACUGCGCACGUUUGUCGAGUCUUUGUUGGCGAAACUCUGA